AGCUUUGUAGGAAGUUUACUGUGGUCCACGUCCACUUCCAGAGCCCCAUGUUGGGAGUGAAGCUUUGAAUACUGUUGUAAACAAACAGAGGAAACGUUAAGCAGCCUUCGCUGACGUUAACAUAAGCUAAGCUAACGUUAGCUAAGCUACUACGCUGCCGCAUCCACCGUUAGCCCGCUAGCCUCGCCAGUGAUUCGUUCCAGUGAGCUUUUGACCUUAGAGGCAUUCAUAGUGAGCCCUGUAUUCAAUAAUUAGUCCAUGUUGUCGAUGAAAAACGUUUUUUUGACGUUAAUAAAGUCGCAGCGGGCUAUUCGAUGGGGAAAAAACGGCGCUUUUAGGUUUAAAAUGAAUUUUGGUGCAACGAUUGGACAGAGUGGCCUUCAAUGUCAAUAGGAAAAUAGCGAUUUAUUAAAUAGCGGUGUUUGAUUUCAGGUUGAAAACCCAAAUAACCUACUUUUAAAAUGUUGAUGUCAGCGUUGCAUGUGUGUAAUCAAUAUGAGGUUGGAGGACAUUUCGUAAUACAGCAACGUGUUUUUUCUACAUUGAUAUUUUUAUGCCUAAUAGCGACAGGCCUGAUUUCUUCAACUCGGGACUGACUUUAACCGAAGCGUUUGAAGUAGCCAUGGGCCUGGGACGUCAUCUUCACGCGACAAACACACGUUUUCGCUUCUUCCACCCAAAACAAAACCCAACUCCUUGUGAACAGAGCAAUAUACCAAUCCACGUCCAUCCGAAGGGGUUAUUUUCUACGCAUAGGCGACACUGGUGGAGAAUGGUCGGUUCUCCCUCGGACGUCUCUUCGUCAGCAUGGCCGCUCGGACGCUGCAGGAGCUCGUAGCCGCCGCCGCAUCGCUGCAGCCGGACCGAGUGGCUGUGAAGUACGACGGCGGCCCGGCGUCGCUGCUGCGGUACGGAGACCUGGUCCAGCUGGCCGACGAGCUGAGCCGCCUCCUGCGACAGAACUGCGCCCCUAAUGGCGGGGUGGUGGGGCUGUACGGUUCCGAUGACCUGUUCGUACCCGUGUGGAUCCUGGGCAUCCUGCAGUCACCUGCCGCCUACGUCCCUCUGGACCCAGAAGCUCCGGGUCUCCUCGCGGCCCGCGUGAUGAGCCGCUGUGGCCUCGAGUUCUGCGCCGUGAAGACCGACGUGCUGCAGCGGUUCCGUGCGGCUCUCGUGGAACACGCGUCCGUGGAGGUCCGUGCGGCGCUGCCAAAGUUCAGAGUGACCCUGGUGCGAGUAGAGCUGCUGCCCGUUGCCCAGCGACCAGGAUGGACCGGAGGCCGCCAGGCGGGCGGCGCCGGGCUCGUGGACCUGGCCUACGUGCUGCACACUUCUGGGACCACCGGGGAUCCGAAGAUCGUGAGGGUUCCGCACAAGUGCAUCCUGCCCAACAUCGUGCACCUGCGGUCUUUGUUUCAGAUGCGCUCAGACGACGUGGUGCUCCUGGCCUCGCCCCUGACCUUUGACCCCUCGGUGGUGGAGAUGUUCCUGGCCUUGUCGUCCGGGGCUCAGCUCCUGGUCGUCCCGUCCGCCAUCAAGAAAACGCCGAGUCGACUUUCUAGGCUGCUGUUCGAGGAAAACAAGACGACCGUGCUGCAGGUCACGCCGACGCUGCUCGGGCGCUUCGGCCGCCGCGCGCUGCGGCAGGAAGUGAUGUCACGCGACUCCUCGCUGCGCCUGCUGGUUCUGGGCGGCGAGGCCUGUCCGCCCGCCGCUCUGCUGAGGAGCUGGAGGCACCGCGACAACCGCACCCACGUCUACAACGUGUACGGCAUCACCGAGGUGUCCUGCUGGGCGUCGGCCCACCGGCUGCCCGAGGCGCUGCUGCAGGCCGGCGACGCCUCGCCGCCCUCCGUGCCGCUCGGCGCUGCUCUGAUGGACACCAGGCUGGAGGUGAGGGACGAGCGCGGCCGCGUCGUCGCCGAGGGCGAAGGCCAGCUGUUCGUGGGCGGGGGGGAACGAGUGUGUCUGCUGGACGAGGAGGAGGCGGCGGUCGCCGGGACGAUGAGGGCCUCCGGCGACUGGGUGGAGGUCAGGGACGCGCAGAUGUUCUUCCUGGGGCGGAGGGACCGGCUGGUGAAGCGCCACGGGAAGCGGCUGAACCUGGACGGCGUGCAGCAGCUCCUGUGCGGCCUGCCUGAGGUGGAGGCGUGCGCCGUGGUCCUGCACGAGGGCGUCCGGCUGCUCGCUUUUGUUGUGGCGUCCGGUGGGCGGGGGCGAGCGGACGCGGCGACCUCCGGCCAGCAGGGGGAGGAGCCGCGCCCCCCCCGGGGAGCGGACGGCGGUCUGAGCCGACUCCUCCUGAGCCGCCUGUCCCAGCUGCUGCCGCCGCACAGCGUCCCCGACACGCUGGUGCUGGUCCCGGCCCUGAGCCCGACGCGUCACGGUAAAGUGGACGUGGCGGCGCUGAUGGAGACGUACCGGACACGCAGACGCUCUUCGGCGGAGCUCACCGAGCUGAAGCCGACCCUUCGGUCCUUGUGGCAGGAAGCUCUCGCUCUCCCAGAGGACGCGGCCGUGGACGAGGAGUCCAACUUCCUGUCGAGCGGAGGAGACUCUCUGAAGGCGCUGCGGCUGCACGAAGACCUCCUCGCCGCGGGAGUGACCUCACCGGAGCUUCUAGAGGUCAUACUGGGCGGGACCUUCUCCGACGUUCUGCGCCACGUCGAGGCGGCGGCGCCGGGCAAGAAACGGCGCGGUGACGAGGCGGGGACGCGAGGGGAGGAGACGGGGGCUGUUAAAGUUCCGAGACGAGAGACUGAAGUCGACCUCCAGGCCGACGCGCCCGGGGAGGAAGGUCCCGGCGAAGAAGAGGGGGGAGGAGCUCUGGGCCUCGAGCUGAGCUGGUCAUCGGACACGGGCCGCUGCGUGGACGCCUCCCCGGUGAUCCUGGCGCACGGCGGGACCGACCCGGGGUCCGGCGGCCGCGAGGCCACGGUGUUCAUCGGCUCCCACUCGCACAGGAUCCAGGCGUUAGACCUGACCAGCGGGGGCCUCCUGUGGGAGCGAGUUCUCGGGGGCCGAAUCGAAGCCUCGGCCGCCGUGUCCCGCUGCAGGACCCUCGUGGUCAUAGGUUGCUACGACGGCUGUGUGUAUUUCCUGUGCGCCGCGUCAGGAAAGACGCGGUGGACAUUCCAGACGGGAGACGCGGUGAAGAGCCGUCCCGCCGUGGACCCCCCCACGGGUCUGGUGGUGGUGGGCUCACACGACGGGCACGUCUACGCCCUGGACCCGGAGGUGGAGCGCUGUGUUUGGAGGCGGAGCUGUGGGGGCGGAGCCGUGUUUUCCUCGCCGUGCCUCCACCCGUCACUCAGGAAGCUGUACGCAGCUUCGCUGGGGGGGCGUUUGCUCUGCCUGAACCCUGACAGUGGCGAGGUUCUGUGGUCGCACCGAGGAGACGCCCCGUUCUUCUCCUCGCCAGACGCCUCCUCCGGCCAGGUGGUCAUCGGAUCGGUGGACGGAAACAUCUGCUGCUUCAGCCACACGGGGGCGCCGGUCUGGCGGUUUCUAACCGGCGGCCCGGUCUUCUCCUCGCCGUGCGUCACCGCGGACCGCCGCCGGGUUCUGUGCGGGUCACAUGACGGCCGCCUGCACUGCCUGAACCUCGCCGACGGCUCUGCGGUUUGGAGCUUCCGGACCGCGGGGAAGGUGUUCUCCGGGCCGCGCGCGUUCUCCGGCGGCGCCGGGGGGGGAGGGGCCUUGGUGGCCCUGGCCUCCACCGACGGCACGGUGUGGAUCCUGGACGCGGGGCGGGGGGGGCGGGCGCUGGCCCGGUUCCGCCUGCCGGGGGAGCUGUUCUCCACCCCGGCGGUGCACGGGCGCUCCCUGGUGGUCGGUUGCCGUGACGACCGCGUGUACUGUUUGAACGUGACGGAGGAGACGUGAGCUUCGAUUAAAGUUGAUACAGAAAUGAG